AUGGAAUUACAAAUUAAGGAGGUUGCGGGUUCUGGGCCUGCUAGUGAUGAUUUGCUCAUGCUUAGAAGGAAGAUUCAUGAAUUAAAUAUAACUCUUAGAAGACUUUCUACUUGGUGGAACCAAAGAGCUAAGGCUAGAUGGCUUAAUGUGUGGGGGAAGAAAUCCUUUUCGUUGGGAGGAAAGAUUACACUUACAAAAACCUCUUUGAUGUCUUUUCUGAGCUUUGUUAUAACUCAAUCUCUUGUUCCUAAGAGUGUGAUUCAGGAGUCAUUCACAAACAAAUCAGGAGCUCUACGGGCUAGAUUAACCUGGAACUUUAUCCACAAACCUGAGACUAUUCUACACCGAACGGCUUUGGCCAAAUUUGGUAAUAAUGUGUUGAACGACAACUGCAUAAACUGCUCCUCUAAUGUCUGGAAAAUUUUAAAGGAUGGAGGGAAAUUUUUAAAGCCUAUUUUUAGAUGGAAGGAGGGAAGAGGAGAUCAAAUUCAGGUUCUUAAUGAUGUUUGGUUGCUGGAUAGAUGCUUAAAUGAGUGGCAUACUUUUAUUGAUUGUGGUGCUUUAGAGAAUUUGAAAGUUCAACAGCUUAUUUCAGAUACAGGACAGUGGGAUGAAGGUAAACUACUCAAUUGGUUCCAUGAAGAUCUAGCAAGUCUUAUCAGGAAUGUGAAACCAGAUGUCCAGUGGGAAGAUCAAUUGGAGACAGUGUGUAAGUGCUCGGGUAAAUCUAUUUCGGCUUUAGCUUAUGAUAAUGCCAUUAAAGACAAAGGAAUUAGUGAUGUUGAUGGUUUUUAUAGUUGGCUUAAGAGCUUAAAGCUUAACUAUAAUGUGGAUUUUUUUUGGUGGAGGCUUAGCAAAUUUGCUAUUCCUACAAACCACUUUUUAAAAUUCCAAACACUAGCAACUGAUGAUCGUUGUGCUAGAGGAUGUCUUGAAACGGAAAAUUAUGAGCAUGUUAUUGUUCAGUGUAAAUAUCUUCAAGAGGUGAUUAAUAAAACUCAUGAAUGGGGGUUUUAUAUUUCUUCAUUUCGAUAUUUGGAGGGUUGUUUUGAAGAGCUGAAAAGGAUUUCUGGUACGAAUUCUGGUAUGGUAAGAGUUUACUGUGUUGCUAUGUUUUUAAACUGGAAAAACCGCAAUUCAGUAAAACUUGGUAAGGCAGCUUUGCCAAGUUCCUCAGUGGCUGCAAAUGUGCUCUCUCUUGCUGUUUUGAAGUCUUCUCCUUAUCUAGUUAGCUGGGGUGCUAAUCUCCCAAGGGAGUUAUUUUCUACUUGGCGCUUCCACCACUAG